AUGAGCCCAUGGAGAUUUACAUCAGAAAGUCAGGGUUUAAAGUCGCGUGGAUUAGCUAGAUUAGUGGUAUUGUACAUAUGUAAAUAUUGGACGAAAUAGAUAUUUAAAUGAGACAGGGGGAUCAGCCCCAGACAAAGCAGGAAAGUCAAAUAUUGUAGGAUUAGAGCAGCGUAAGUGUUUACAAUGCCUAAAACCCUGUACAGGUAUGAACACUAUUAAUAGUUUAGUAGGAAACAAUCGGCUGGGCUUCGAAGACGCGUAUUGGACAACGGGCUCUGGUUUCAUGAAUGACAUUUACACCAGAAUACACAGACGUGCAGGUGGAAAAAUCAUGUUGUCGGAGGUGUAGGGGGACAUUUUCGUAUCAUGGAUCGACAGCCGUGCAUCUGGUUCACUGUUCACAGGUUGACUCGUGCAACUUGACAAAGCAACUUUAGACGUAGAAAAUAUCUCCAGGGGACCACAGAUUCCUUAUGUACGCAACAAAAGAAGGUAAAUUGGAAAAUGCUCACACCGUCCAUUGAAGAUGAAGCUUCCUUAUUUUGACGUUGUGGUGGCCGCUGUUCUGUUUUGUAUCGUGGCGAAAACCGCCUCUUGUCCUCCACCAUGUCGCUGUCAUAAGCAGUUGUACACGUAUUGUGACAAUGCCUCCUUAACUGCCAACCAUCUAGGUGAUGUACUACUGAAUACCCCAACAACGACCAUAUAUUUGGACUUAAGUUUGAACAGCAUUUCCUACCUCCCUGAAAAUAUUUUUGACCACCAUCCUCAGCUUACAAGUGUGAACCUUGCAAGGAACGCCAUUGGGAGCGUCUCUCCAAAAGUGUUUGUGCCUUUGACACAAUUACGAAAGUUGUUUUUGGAAGAGAAUAACAUUGUUGUCAUCAAUUCCGGAUUAUUUUCUUCUCUGGAAAAAUUGGAAAUUCUUAGAUUGGACGGAAACAAAAUAGAGGAUGUACAUAACACUAGCUUUGAAAAUCUUGUAAGCUUGGAAGAGCUUUAUCUUCGCGACAACCAUUUAGAUGAAAUUCCGUCUUUGUUAUUUUCCAAGACAAUGAAACUACGGGUUUUGGAUCUAUCAGAUAAUCUUAUUGAAUACAUCCAUGAUGGAACCUUUACACAUCUGAGAAACCUAGAACUGUUAUCGUUAGCCAAGAACAGAAUUCGUACAUUACAGUCAUUCAGUCUGAGUGGACUAGUCAAUUUAAAGGAGUUAAGUCUUCGUAGCAAUAAACUGUCUGUUUUGCGUGCAACUGAUUUGGAUGCGGUACGAUUUAGUCUACGGGAGCUUGACUUAUCAUCAAACAUAUUGUCAACCCUGACUAGCAAUGUGUUUAGGGGCAUGGGGAAUCUAGUGAAUUUGAAUAUUAGUGAAAAUAAUGUCGAACUAAUAAACGACAGUGCAUUUUUCGGGUUAUCUCUAGACAAGCUGCUUCUGAAUAGUAACAAGUUAACCCAGCUUUGGAGGUCAUCGUUUCGUGGAGUGCAAAGAAUCGCUUAUUUGGAUUUUAGUUCUAAUGAAAUAUCGCGCAUAGAGACAGGAGCAUUUGACAGUUUCAACGAAUUUAUAUUUGUGCUGGAUCUAACAAGGAACAAACUCACAAAAUUACAAUAUGGAAUGGUACGGGAAUUGAAAUCUCUUCAAGUGUUGAGAUUAGCCCAUAAUGAAAUAGACGAAGUGGUUAAUACCGCUAUGAAAGAUCUAACAAAUCUUCAGGAACUCGACAUUGGUAAAAAUAAAUUCACAGUGAUAGACGCUAAGGAUUUUGUCGGCCCUCUGAACUCCUUAAAACUAUUUUCUCUACAAUGUAAUACAUUGGAAAGAUUUGUGAAUUUUAAUUUUGAUAAAGACAUUUUUAUAUCUAUGAAUCUAACUAUCUCAAAUGUACUGUCCCGGUCAGUCAAUGUCUCUUGGCCAUAUGCAAAAGGGGGCCAGUUAUACUGGUCCGUGACCAUCAAAUGUGUGGAUUCGAACAAGUGUCCAUUUGACUCGCAACCAAAUUAUUUACCAGCAUACAGGGAAAGUUACGUGAUAGACAAUCUGCUACCCAUAUCUCAGUAUUAUGUGUGUGUUAACCCAGAAUUCGCAAAUAGCAAUGUAAGGGUGGAACAGUGUCUGUUUAUUAUUACGUCAGAGGAAGUGAUCACCAGCACGAAAUAUCCCUCCACGGAAGUGAACUCUCUAGCAGCAUCUGACGCUUCUUUUCCAAGGACUAUAUUUUGUGCAAUUUUAUCCAUGAUCUAUUUCAUUCUUACAUGUUUUUGUUAAAAUUAAUUCGUAUGCAAAUAUACAGAAAAGCCAUAUGUUACCACCUUAA